AGCCACUACUAUCUUUUUAUUCAUUAAUAUUUGCUCACUUGUCCGAAAAAGCCAAUUUAAUUUUGGGCUUUUAAAUCUAUUCACUGAUUAUAAAUUAUAUAUGUUCAACCUAAAAUUAUAAGCUUAGAUACAAUGAAAGCAGGGUAUAUGAAACUAAAGCAUUUUAAUUUACUGAAAACUAAUUGGUACCUGCCUUUUAUUUUAGGAGUGGUUUGAUAUCUCCAUUUACAGGAUAAAUGGCUGCCAAGCCAGUUAACCUGAACGAGUUCCAAGAAUAAGCCAGGCAGGCCCUUCCUAAAAUGUAUCAUGACUUUCUUGCCGGUGGAGCUGAGGAUCAGCACACUCUACAGGAGAAUGAUCCGGCCAAGAAUUCUAGUAGAAGUGAAGUGGCCACAGAAAGAGCAGCAGCUGCAUGUGACACCAUAAUGUUAUUCAAGAGACGAGAUAUAUCAGCUAUGUUAGUGGAGAGAACUGAGAGAAGUGGACAUAAGGCCAUUGUCCUAACUGUAGAUGCUCCUAGACUUGGUCGUAGGGAGGCAGCCAUAAAGAACAAGUGAAGCAAAUCUUUUCUCUUUCAUCUUGCAUUGCAUUUUUUUAUCUUGUAAUUACUUCCAAAUGUUGCUAUAAACUGCUCUAUAUAUUUUGGAGAAGGCAGAUUAUUUAUUUUCUAUCACUGCAAAACACAUAUAUUUAUUUCAAUUGGUUUUAACAACUAUGGCACAAGCUGAAUUUUUUGCCUUCCAUUGGGUUUUCAUCAUACCUCUGUCAAAUGGUUGCACCUCAGUUGAAGAACUUUGAAGGUCUGAUAUCAACAGAAGUGUCCACUGCGAGUGAAAAAAUAUCAUUUCAAGUAUUAUUUGGAUGUUGUAGUACACAGUACUUGACAUGUGAGUAUUUAGAUGAUAAAUAUGUUUGUGAUGUAACUUGCUUCUUAUGCCUGUAAUGUUAGAAGUUUUGAUUUUCUUCUAUAUUCAUGAUUUUGUAUAUUUAUUCAGUGUACUGAACAUUUGCAGGAUAGAGGUUCAAACGUAGAAGCUUUUGCCAACACUGCAUUUGAUGCCUCUUUAUCUUGGAAGGACAUAGGUUGGUUAAGAUCUAUUACAAAGUUGCCAAUUUUGAUCAAGGGGGUACUCACUCAUGAAGAUGCAAUAAAGUCUCUGGAAGUUGGUGUAGAUGGGAUUGUUGUCUCAAAUCAUGGAGCUCGCCAGCUAGAUUAUGCUCCCGCUACUAUUUCUGUUCUUGAAGAGGUAACUUUGUGUUUG